AUGUUCAAGUGUGUGGAACGAGGAUUUUCUCUCAAAUUCCCUUCCAAUAUUUUGAUUGUGGUCCCUACAAGUUGUGGAAAAACCACCUUUAUCCAUCACCUGCUUUUAGAAAAUUUAGAUGUCUUUGACGAAAGACCGCCCGCAUGCACUACUGUUAUGGAUCCUGGCAAAAUAAGUUUGAUGACAUGCAACACUAUGGCAUAGAAUUUUUUAAAGGAGUGCCUACCCACGACGAUUUAACAACAUGGUUUGGAGAUAAACGAGGGGGUAUUCUUGUCCUGGAUGAUAUCAUGUCGGAGGGAGAUGACAAAGAAUUACUUAAGAACAAGUCUCUGUAA